UGAAAACACUUCCCCGUCUAAACAUUUGCAUGGUAGAAGUAGUCUGUCAGCCCAACCUUACUUUGACAGCACGCCGUGUUUUAUAUCAACCAUGCCGGGCCCUUACAAAGAAACAGACCUGACGGAGCGAGUUGAAGCGUUUCUGUCCGACCUGAAGCGCGGCGGGAGCGGGACGGGGCCUCUGCGGGGCUCCGCCGAGACAGCCCGAGAAACGACAGCCCUGCUCCGCAGAAUCACAGCCCAGGCUCGGUGGAGCAGCGCAGGCGACCUGAUGGAAAUAAUCCGGAAAGAGGGGCGCAGGAUGAUUGCCGCUCAGCCCUCAGAGACCACUGUUGGCAACAUGGUGAGGCGGGUGCUGAAGAUCAUCAGAGAGGAAUACGCCAGAUCUCGGGGUAGCAGUGAAGAAGCAGACCAGCAGGAAUCUCUCCACAAGCUGCUGACCUCUGGAGGACUCAGUGAGGAGAACUUCAGACAGCAUUUCGUUGCCCUCAAAGCGAACGUCAUCGAGGUCAUCAAUGAGUUGCUCACUGAGCUGGAGGGAACAACUGAUAACAUCUCCAUGCAGGCCCUGGAGCACAUCCACUCUAACGAGGUCAUCAUGACGAUCGGCCGUUCGCGCACCGUGGAGGCCUUCCUCAAAGACGCCGCACGCAAACGAAAGUUCCACGUCAUUGUGGCAGAGUGUGCUCCGUUCUGCCAGGGACAUGAAAUGGCCACAAGUCUCUCAAAAGAUGGCAUCGAAACAACUGUGAUAACCGACGCUGCCAUAUUUGCUGUCAUGUCUCGUGUUAAUAAGGUCAUCAUCGGGACGCAGACUGUUCUGGCUAACGGAGGGCUGAGGGCCGUCAACGGGACGCACACAUUAGCUCUGGCAGCCAAACAUCACUCAACUCCUCUGAUUGUUUGUGCUCCAAUGUUCAAGCUCUCUCCUCAGUUUCCAAAUGAAGAGGACACCUUCCACAAGUUUGUCUCCCCACACGAGGUGCUGCCUUUCACUGAAGGUGAGAUCCUCUCUAAGGUGAAUGCACACUGUCCGGUGUUUGACUAUGUCCCGCCUGAGCUCAUCACACUGUUCAUCUCCAACAUCGGAGGACACGCACCGUCGUACAUCUACCGACUGAUGAGCGAACUUUACCAUCCAGAGGACCACGAGCUUUAAUCAGUGUAUUUAACAAAUAAUAAAUAACAUUUAAUGGUU